AGAGGCGCGUGCACGUGUUGGGGAGAGAGGGAGACAGAGAGAGAGGGAGAGAGAGAGAGCAUCAUCAUAACACUGGCACACCGCUGUCUCUGCCGGAUACCGAAAGAGGACAACAGGGAAUUUAGAGGUUAAAUUAAAAACACCAACAAGAGAGAACAGGGCGGCUGUGCGCGCCAGGUGACACGAGCAGCAGCAGCAGCCGCAGCCGCGAGGAGCAGCACGAGCACAUCUGAGGAUUGUCCGUGUCGCCCGGUGCUCCACACACCCUGUGCCUUGGAACCAGCAGCGGGGAGGAGGGGAGGACCAGAGAGGAGGCUGUGCAGAGAGGAGGAGGACCAUGGAGGGGAUGCAGGCAUACGGAGCCGGGAAAGCCGGAGGAGCCUUCGACCCCGUCACCUUCUUCCAGCAGCCUCAGACUGUUCUGCGCAUAGUGUCGUGGGUCUUCUCCAUCGUGAUCUUCGGCUGCAUCGCCAACGAGGGCUACAUCAACCGCCCCAACGAAAUGGAGGAAUUCUGCAUCUUCAACCGCAACCAGAACGCCUGUAAUUAUGGCGUCUUUAUGGGCUCCAUGGCCUUCCUCUGCUGCAUGGCCUUCCUGGCUCUGGACGUCUACUUCCCCCAGAUCAGCAGUGUCAAAGACCGCAAGAAAGCCGUGCUGGCUGAUGUCGGGCUGUCAGCGUUCUGGUCCUUCAUGUGGUUUGUAGGUUUCUGUUUCUUGGCAAACCAGUGGCAGGUGACCAAGCAUGAGGACAACCCGCUGAGGGAGGGAGGGGACGCUGCCCGGGCAGCCAUCACCUUCUCCUUCUUCUCCAUCUUCACCUGGGCGGGCCAGGCCUUCCUGGGCUUCCAGAGGUACAAGCUGGGGGCCGACUCAGCCCUCUUCUCCCAGGAAUACACGGACCCCAGCCAGGACGCAGCCGGAGCCCCUUACACCUCCUUCGGUGGGGACGACCUGGAGAGCCCGGGAGGAGGAGGAGGAGAAGGGGGGGGACAGGCCAACAGCGACGGGGCCUUUGACGGCACCACAGGCUACCAGCGUCAGGACUACUGAGAUAUUGAAGGGAAAUAUACUAAGGGGGGGGGGCUGGUGAAGUUACCCAUCGUUCCUAAUUUAGAGAAGGUUUCGUCUCUGUUGCAUAAAGAAAUCACAGUUUGGGUAAAUAUAGCAUUCACACAAUACCAGUACCAACGGGAUCGUUUGACCCGGACACAGCAAGCUCGUGUUUUACCUUAAAGCUGUCACACAAGUACAACACGAAGACUUUUACAACUGCAAAGCAUGUCUUAACAUUUAGCAGCACAUAGUUACAUGCGGGUUCAAACCCAGUACUAACUGUAGAACUGUUGUUUACAGCGCUCAACAAUAAUUAUUGCACAGAGCAAGUCAAAAGGCCACGUUGGGCCAGUAAGUCUAGACGGAAAUAAAUGCUAAAAAGUGCUAAAAUGGCGGUGGGUAAAUUUCUGACCCAAAAACAAAACAUUACCGUUGGGUCCUGUAGUAAUACGACAAAUACAACUCCUGCUGGCUCAGAACAACCCCCUGUUUGGGGGAUUUGGUUUUAUAUUCACCCAAAUGGUGUCCGUUUUGACAUCGUGAUUUCUUUAUGUGUAGAUGCAACAAUUAAUGCUUUUAGCUGGGGGGGGUUCCACACCUGUUUCAUUUCAGUUAUUGGGCUAAUUUCCAAUAAAAAGCUGAAUUCAUCUCGAAGUCAGAAAUUGUGGGGAACUUUCCAGGUUUUGGGACAAGAUGGAAGAAUGGUUUGGGGUCAGGGGUUUGCAGACAGGUCACUCUGUAGCAGAUCAGCGCUGGUGACCACGUUGCCUUCAUCCUCCAGCGAAAUGACUGCAAUCAGUGUUAGUUGAAACACACAAACACACAUGCAAGCACAUAGCAAAUGGAUUUUUAACAGACAACACUCGUUUCUGCUGGUGAAACUCCUUAGAGGUGCAUGACAGGAUAUCAAACAAGCGGCAUAUCCGGCAGCUGUGACACAGGAGUGUGUUUGUGCGUGGGUUGAAAGUCUCCUUUUUUUUAUGCGUGGAUGUUGGACAGUCUUGUUUUUCUUGUUUCCCGCUUUUUCUUUCCUCUAUUGUUGCCUUAGUGCUGACUGCCAAGCUACAUCCAAGGAACACAGGGCAACAUGAACCCACCAUGCACAGUGUCACAGUUCUCUUUCGGCGUCUUCAGAGCAAAAGUAUAGAUAAUUAAAUGUUGUCUUAUUUUUGUCCUUAAGCGCAUAAAACCCCGGAACAAAACCAUAAUUUGUCUUGAUUAAGAGCAUCCCAAUUAAUACAAACAUGAGCGUUUCAUAUCAGCAGGCUGACAGACUUACUUACAGGUUAUUUAUCGAUUGUGUUUUCCACUUCACUUCAACAAAUCUACGGAUGAGGCAACCAUGAACUUCCUGAGUAUUUAUGAACAUGCAUUGGUCCGUUUUCUUAAAGAAUAAAGUAUAUCUAUCUCUAUAAAUAUAUGUAAAUCUAUAAUUCAUUAGAGUGUUUGAAAAAAGAUUUUGCUUUAUUUUAGGGCAUUAUGCUAGUUCUGUAUAAAAAAGAAAAGACAAAAGAAAGAAGAUCGAUGUUCUGUUGAGUGUUAUUGUGAUAAGAUAUCUGGUGAGGUCGUCCAUUAUGUUGCUUUCAGGGUAAGGAGAUGCUUUUAUUUUGAGAUAAUAAUACUAACUAUAAAAGAAAAUACAGCAACAAAAAAUGUGACCAAAUUACCAAAGUAUAUAUGCACAUAUACUUUAUACUGUACAACCAUGUAGACGUAUAAAUGUGUGGCGUUCCUUUGUGAAAACGUUAGAAAAGGUUAGAUUUUAGAAAAAGAUUGUGUGCAAAUGUAUGUUUUUGUUGUGUUUGAUUUUAACCAAUAAAAAUAAAGGAAAUACUGAUAAAGAUA